CUUGGUUCCACAACUAAACGCGCUGACGCGCCCAUUGGCCUUUUCCUUGCUGCGCGUUCUCCACUCCGACUCUCUCUCUCUCUCUCUUCCAGAACCCACCCUUUCCGGAUCUGACCCCAUGCCAUGAGUCUCCGGCAACGCCCAUCUCGGGCCCAUUCUGAAUUCGAGCCCUACAAUAUCAUCCCCAUCCACAACCUCCUCGCCGACCACCCCUCCCUCCGGUUCCCGGAGGUCCGCGCCGUCACCACCGCGCUCCGAGCCGUUGGGGAUCUCCGCAAGCCCCCUUACUCCCGAUGGGAACCGCAAAUGGACCUCCUCGACUGGCUGGCCAUCUUCUUUGGCUUCCAGACGGACAACGUUCGGAACCAGCGCGAGCACCUGGUCCUCCAUCUCGCCAACGCCCAGAUGCGCCUUUCCCCUCCCCCCGACAACAUCGACGCCCUCGACGCCGCCGUUUUGCGAAAGUUCCGCCGGAAACUCCUCCGCAACUAUACCACCUGGUGCUCCUACCUCGGCAAGAAAUCCAACAUCUGGAUCUCCGAUCGCACUCAGGCCGCCUCCGAACACCGCCGCGAGCUCCUCUACGUCUCUCUCUACCUCCUCGUCUGGGGUGAGUCCGCCAAUCUCCGCUUCGUCCCCGAAUGUAUUUGCUUUAUUUUCCAUAACAUGGCCAUGGAACUGAACAAGAUUCUGGAGGGUUACAUAGACGAGAACACGGGUCAACCGGUGAUGCCCUCGAUUUCGGGCGAGAACGCGUUCUUGAACUACGUUGUGAAACCGAUUUACGAGACGAUUAGGGCCGAGGUUGAGAGUAGUAAGAACGGAACUGCGCCGCACAGUGUGUGGCGCAACUACGAUGAUAUCAACGAGUAUUUUUGGAGUAAACGGUGUUUUCAGAAGCUCCAGUGGCCGAUCAAGUUAGACAGUACUUUCUUCGUGACUACUGGUAGAGUGGGGAGACAUGUGGGGAAGACCGGCUUCGUGGAGCAGAGGUCGUUUUGGAACUUGUUUAGGAGUUUCGAUAGGUUAUGGGUGAUGCUGGUGUUGUUUUUGCAGGCGGCUAUUAUUGUUGCAUGGGAGGGGAAGGAUUAUCCAUGGCAGGCAUGGAAGAGCAGGUAUGUGCAGGUGCGUGUUUUGACUGUGUUUUUCACGUGGAGUGGGUUGAGGUUCUUGAAGUCCUUGUUGGACGCCGGGAUGCAGUAUAAUUUGGUCUCAAGGGAGACAUUGGGGCUUGGGGUGAGGAUGGUGAUGAAGAGCGUGGUUGCUGCCAUAUGGAUUGUGGUUUUCGGGGUGUUUUAUGGCAGGAUAUGGUCGCAGAAGAACGCUGAUGGGAGGUGGUCCCCUGAGGCAGAUAGAAGGGUGGUGACUUUUCUUGAGGUGGCGCUGGUUUUUGUGUUGCCGGAGCUUCUGGCAGUGGCACUGUUUAUAAUUCCGUGGAUCAGGAAUUUUCUUGAGGAGACAAACUGGAGGAUCUUUUAUAUGUUGUCAUGGUGGUUUCAGAGCAGGACUUUUGUGGGUCGUGGGUUGAGGGAGGGUCUCGUGGAUAACAUUAAGUACACGUUGUUCUGGGUUUUAGUGCUUGCUACGAAAUUUUGUUUUAGUUACUUUUUGCAGAUCAAACCGAUGAUUGCCCCAUCAAAAGUAAUGUUGAAACAAACAGAUGUGCAUUAUCAAUGGUAUCAGCUGUUCAAAAAUAGCAAUAGAUUAGCAGUUGGGCUAUUGUGGCUUCCUGUUAUUUUGAUUUACCUCAUGGAUAUUCAGAUUUGGUACUCAAUCUACUCGUCUUUUGUUGGGGCAGCAGUGGGGUUGUUUCAGCACAUAGGCGAGAUUCGAAAUAUUGAACAAUUGAGGCUGAGGUUCCAGUUCUUUGCAAGUGCCAUUCAAUUCAAUCUCAUGCCAGAGGAGCAGCUGUUAAAUUCAAGGGGGAUGAGGAAUAAGUUUAAGGAUGCCAUCCAUCGGUUGAAACUGAGAUAUGGGCUUGGUCGACAUAAGAAGCUUGAAUCCAACCAGGUUGAGGCAAAUAAGUUUGCUUUGAUAUGGAAUGAAAUCAUUUCGAUAUUCAGGGAAGAAGAUAUCAUCUCUGACCAUGAGCAUGAGCUGUUGGAGCUGCCCCAGAAUUCUUGGAAUGUCAGGGUCAUCCGCUGGCCUUGUUUCCUUCUCUGUAAUGAACUGCUGCUUGCACUCAGUCAGGCGAAAGAGUUAGUAGAUGCUCCUGAUAAGUGGAUCUGGUAUAAGAUAAGCAAGAAUGAGUACAGGCGUUGUGCUGUGAUUGAAGUUUAUGACUGUAUCAGGCACUUGUUGCUUGAGAUUAUCAAAAGAAACACUGAAGAGCAUUCCAUUAUGACCAUAUUCUUUCAAGAGAUCGAUCACUCUAUUCAGAUUGAGAGGUUUACUAAGACAUUUAAUAUGACCGUACUACCCCAGCUCCAUGCCCAGUUGAUCAAACUUGUUCAGCUAUUGAACAAGCCUAAGAAAGAUCCUAGCCAGGUGGUGAAUACACUGCAGGCCCUAUAUGAGAUUGCUAAACGGGAUCUUUUCAAGGAGAAGAAGAGCAUUGAACAGCUGAGGGAGGAUGGUUUGGCUCCCCGUAGUCCAGCUUCCACUCAGGGGCUGCUUUUUGAGAAUGCUGUCAACUUGCCUGAUCCCAAUAACGAGACUUUCUAUCGGCAGGUUCGGCGGUUGCACACAAUUCUUACCUCUCGGGACUCGAUGCACAAUAUCCCAGUAAAUCUUGAGGCAAGACGCCGAAUUGCCUUCUUCAGUAACUCCCUUUUCAUGAACAUGCCCCAUGCACCCCAAGUUGAGAAAAUGAUGGCCUUCAGUGUUCUGACCCCUUAUUACAGUGAAGAAGUACUCUUUGGUAAAGAACAACUUAGAACGGAGAACGAAGAUGGGGUUUCUAUCACGUACUAUUUGCAGACAAUCUAUGCUGAUGAGUGGACAAAUUUUAUAGAGAGGAUGCGCCGAGAAGGAAUGGUGAAAGAGGAAGAAUUAUGGACAACGAGGCUAAGAGAUCUUAGGCUUUGGGCAUCAUACAGGGGUCAGACACUUGCCCGCACUGUAAGGGGAAUGAUGUAUUACUAUCGGGCCCUUAAGAUGCUGGCAUUUCUAGAUUCUGCAUCAGAGAUGGACAUCCGGGAAGGAUCACGAGAACUUGGUUCAAUGAGGCGAGAUGCGUUGGAUGGUUACAGCUCGGAAAGGUCACUUUCCUCCAGGAGUUUGGGUAGAACAAGCAGUUCAGUCAAUUUGUUAUUUAAAGGACACGAGUAUGGGACUGCUUUGAUGAAGUUCACUUACGUGGUUGCCUGCCAGAUAUAUGGGACUCAAAAGGCAAAAAAAGAUCCUCAUGCUGAUGAAAUCUUGUCUCUUAUGAAAGACAACGAGGCCCUUCGAGUUGCCUAUGUCGAUGAGGUUUCCACUGGGAGGGACGGGAAGGAGUACUACUCUGUCCUUGUGAAGUACGAUCACCAAUUGCAGAAGGAAGUGGAAAUCUACCGGAUAAAGUUGCCUGGUCCCUUAAAGCUUGGAGAGGGAAAGCCGGAGAAUCAAAAUCAUGCCAUCAUCUUCACCCGUGGUGAUGCUGUUCAGACUAUUGAUAUGAAUCAAGACAACUAUUUUGAGGAGGCACUCAAAAUGCGUAAUCUAUUGGAAGAAUUCAGGCACAAUUAUGGCAUCCGGAAGCCUACUAUAUUGGGAGUUAGGGAGCACAUUUUUACUGGUUCUGUUUCAUCACUUGCUUGGUUUAUGUCAGCUCAGGAAACGAGUUUUGUCACUUUGGGACAGCGUGUUUUGGCAAACCCUUUGAAAGUUAGAAUGCAUUAUGGCCAUCCAGAUGUUUUUGACAGGUUUUGGUUCUUGACUCGUGGUGGCAUCAGUAAAGCUUCCAGAGUGAUUAACAUCAGUGAGGACAUUUUUGCUGGCUUUAAUUGCACGUUGCGUGGAGGCAAUGUUACCCACCAUGAAUAUAUCCAGGUUGGCAAGGGAAGGGAUGUGGGGUUGAAUCAAGUAUCCAUGUUUGAGGCCAAGGUUGCUAGCGGAAAUGGCGAGCAAGUUCUCAGCAGAGAUGUCUACAGGUUGGGUCAUAGGUUGGACUUCUUCAGGAUGCUGUCAUUCUUUUACACUACUGUGGGAUUCUUUUUCAACACAAUGAUGGUGGUUCUUACUGUAUAUGCAUUUCUAUGGGGACGACUCUAUCUGGCUCUUAGUGGUUUUGAGGAUUCUGUUUUGGCAGAUGACACAAAGAGCAAUGCAGCACUUGUUACAGUCUUGAACCAGCAGUUUAUCAUCCAACUUGGUCUGUUCACUGCCCUUCCAAUGAUAGUGGAGAACUCUCUUGAGCAUGGGUUCCUGAACGCUAUUUGGGAUUUCUUGACAAUGCAGCUACAGCUGUCAUCUGUUUUUUACACAUUCUCUAUGGGAACGCGUGCCCAUUACUUUGGCCGGACUAUUCUUCAUGGUGGUGCAAAAUAUCGGGCCACUGGGCGUGGUUUUGUUGUGCAGCAUAAAAGUUUUGCUGAGAAUUAUAGACUCUAUGCUCGUAGCCAUUUUGUGAAGGCCAUUGAACUUGGACUGAUACUGAUAGUUUAUGCGUCACACAGUCCUGUAGCUGGAAAUUCGUUUGUUUACAUAGCCAUGACCAUCACAAGUUGGUUCCUGGUUGUCUCAUGGAUUAUGACCCCAUUUGUUUUUAAUCCUUCUGGAUUUGAUUGGUUGAAGACUGUUUAUGAUUUUGAUGACUUUAUGAACUGGAUUUGGUACUAUGGCAGCGUGUUUGCAAAAUCUGAACAGAGCUGGGAAAGAUGGUGGUAUGAGGAGCAGGAUCAUCUUAGGACGACUGGCUUUUGGGGAAAGAUACUGGAAAUUAUCUUAGACCUUCGAUUUUUCUUUUUCCAGUACGGGAUAGUAUACCAGUUACAUAUUGCUGCUGGGAGUACCAGUAUUGCUGUUUACUUGUUGUCUUGGAUCUAUGUGUUCGUGGCUUUUGGGAUUUACGUGGUAAUAGUAUACGCUCGGGAUAAAUAUGCAGCAAAAGAACAUAUUUACUAUCGUCUAGUCCAGUUCCUUGUGAUUAUACUUGUGAUACUUGUGACAAUUGCCCUGCUGGAAUUCACUGAUUUCACAUUUAUUGAUAUUUUCACUAGUUUGUUGGCAUUCGUCCCCACGGGGUGGGGCAUGAUAUUGAUUGCCCAAGUAUUCCGGCCCCUUUUGCAGCACACUAUACUUUGGGACUCUGUUGUUUCUGUGGCUCGACUAUAUGAUAUAAUUUUUGGAGUCAUUAUCAUGGUUCCUGUGGCAUUACUGUCAUGGUUGCCUGGUUUUCAGUCAAUGCAGACGAGAAUUCUUUUCAAUGAAGCAUUUAGUAGGGGCCUCCGCAUUUUUCAGAUUGUAACAGGCAAAAAAUCUAAAGUUGAUUCAUGAUUUGAGGUCUGGUUUGUGAGGUGGUGUAGAGGAACGAUAGAAGUUGAGGGGCAGGAUCUUCGUGGAGGUUCUUUUGUGUACGUCUCUGUAGAUUCCAUUAUGUUCCAUUCCUGCAGCGGGGAGGUAAAGGACGAUAUAUACUUUCUUAUUCUUCAUCAAUGCUUGUGAAAAAUGUUCUCAUCUUUUACUCAUAUUUGGUAGGGGAGCUCUUAGUUAUUGUGCUUUUACUUCCCACUUCUUCUUCAAAAGUUGAGAGCUCUUCGCAUAGUGCAUGCACUCUGCAUAGUAUAGAGCCUAGUUUGGUAGUUUGCUCAGGUUAGAAUAUUUGUUAUUCUUUUGUCAGAAAUUGAGCUUGUAUACGUUUGUUCAUACUUUUAAGCCUUGCUUUCUUGUUCCGGCUACAACACCAAUCAUGUUUAUUCAGAUCAGAUUUUCUACAA